AUGGCUCUCGAAGAGUUAUCAGAUGCGCAUGCUAUUUUGCUAGCUACACAUGCAUGCGCAACUGGUAAUGUGGCGGACUUGCCUAUUUUACAGGCUCAGUUUCCCCAUUGUUUUCCACUGGAACGCCUCCUACGCAUCAUCCUGACCUACCUCCCAGAGAGCACAGAGCCCUCUCAGUACAUCUCGGUGCUACAGGAGCUAGUCAACAGCUCUGGCCACCCACCCGACCGACAGAUCGAUACAACUGCAGUGCAGGACUUGACGGAAUCGGUCGCCAGAAAGCGCGUACGGAAGCUUAAUCUACGGCCACUACUACGCCCCGACGAGGAAGACGAGGUUGCCUCGGCAGAUGCUUUGACUCAAUUUCUCAUUCACCGGGCGCAUUUGAUCGACUCUGAAACAGCACUCCAGCCGCUUGUCCUCGAACUUAUCGCACCGUUCUACGAACACUCGCCAAUCAUCCGAACAUGGCUGAUCUCGAGCCUACUACCGUUGCUUCGAUUGAACUAUGAAUAUUACGCCCAUCGCGACGAAACUAUAUCCCUCGAGAUCCUGGAGUCUAUGGACGAUCAAACGGCGGUCAACAUUCUCUUGUCUUUGAUGAGCUCUGAAGAAAACAACAUGGAUUUGGUAAACAACUUGCGGGGUCUGGUUGGACCUUGGCUCUAUGGUGGGAACCGUUCCAAACGGCGAAGGCUCAACGAGGCGGCUCAACAAAGCUCUGUCUCCUUUAUCGAAGGGUCUGAGAAACCCCAAGCAAGCGAAUUGGCCGGGUGGGAACACGUGAACGAAUGGCUGCUUUCACGGAGCCUGGUCGAUCGCACCAGCGUCGUGAGUGCCUUCAACAACUGGGAUGGACCAUCGGACGUGGAUUUGGGUGGAUACGACAAUGCAGACACACAAUUGUCGGAGGAGCAGAGGAAUAGUCUACAGGUCCGAUACGGCCAAUCCGGUCUUGCUGUGGUGUAUGCCCAUGCGGACUCCUCGAUGGCUGUGCUCGAGGGUUCGUACCAGGUUUUGACGAGGGUUGCAAGGCUUUUGAAUCUCGAUGUGUACUGCUUGUAUCUUGGCUCAGAUUCCGAAUUGCCAUCUGUGCGCUACGAUGCCGAAUCAAUCUCCUCGACAUCUCGCGCAUCCUUGAUGCAAAACUCCCUUUUGAGACCCAGAAACCCUCUCACAAAUCCUUCGCCCUCCUCGGUCUCCUUUCUGAGCGUUCUUCUCCUAUCCCUUCGUAUACUUAUCGACCUUGGCCAUCUGGUUCCUUGCCGAGUUGCGGCAAACCUGUGCCUUCAUAGCACUGAGGAGAUGCAAUUGGCCGAACUCAAAAGUCUAGUAGACUCUACUGUGAAGCAAGCCAAGCCAAACCGAAAUUGGUCUGUCGUUCGACAACGAUUGCUUUGGCUUCGAGAUUGGCAGGCGGAGCAUUCGGACAAUGCCUGGGAUGAACCUUCACCUUACCAUGGUCUUUUCUGGCGGAUACCGCGCGACACGGUUGAGACGGAGGUCCUCAAGACGCUACUGGCAGCCCAAGGUAAUGUUGCCGACAUCUACUCCGUUUCGUCCAUACUGAUGUCAUUCCCAGAGUAUCAAUUGGCUGUCGAUAUAUACACCGAAUCUGAUACGGCGCCACUGCAACCCGCCCAAGUUGAAACCGCGGUUCAAGAUGCCAUCUUUGCAGCGUAUGACAAUGCAAGCAAUGGAAACCGAACCCGAGGCGGAAUAAAGAGAGCUUACGACAUUUUACAAGCAUUCCAACCACACUUCCCAGAAUCCGUUGCAUUCAAACAGAUUCGUGCCCUGAUCGCCGCAACACACGCACUGUCAUACUACUCACUAACCCUGCAACACGGCGUCCCAUUCCGACCCGUCAGCAUUCGCGUCCACCACGACCCCAUCCUCCUAAUCGAGAAAGUCCUCGAACAAAACGCAAAGAGCUACACCAAGCUCGAUGACCUCCUCUCCAUCGGCCAAAAUCUCGUAGCCGCCGGCGUUCCCACCCAAACAGCAAACGAACCCGACCCCUCCCACCCCAAACCCUCAACAGAACAUGCCCUCCUCACCGCCGAACGCCGCAUAACCUCCCUAGCAAUCGCCUCCGCCCUCUCCUCCAACGACUUCGGCACAGCCUACUCCUACAUCCUCACCCGCCUAACACCCCCUCCAACCUCCCGACCACCCCUCCCCCUCCUAACAUCCCCGACAAUCCCAGACGACAUAACCUGGCGCGCCGUCUACAACGCCGGCCGCUACCGCCCCCAAACCCCACCCCACCCGUCCCCAACCCUCCAAUCCCAAAUAAACCACCUCUCCCAAAGAAUGGAACUCCUCUCCCUCUCCCUCGUCCUCGUCCCCUACCCAGACCCUUUACCCGAAAUUCUCGGCGCCUGGCGCCGCUGCGACGAAGAACUCGCCUCCCUCCGCGCCCGCGAACAGCAGGAAGAAGACCUCUGGGACUCAAAGGGUGAUACCCUAGCCUCUGUUCCCGGCGGCUUCGGUCCCACAGACUCGGAGCGCGACGCAUUCGAGACGGAGCAGCAGCGUGCGGCUAGACGGGCGCGUGCGCGCGCUGCGAUGCCGAGUUCGCAUCGUCAUGAGGCGCCUAUGGGGUUGUUUGAGGUCGCGAGAGGUGCGGCGUUGGCGUUGCAUAAGAAUGCGUUCCCGUUGAGGGGGGCUGCUGAGGAGGCUAGCGGUGGUGGUGGUGAUGAGAGGUCGCUGUCGCCGGAUAGUGACCGGGUGAGGAAGAGGGAUGUGGUUAGCAAUAUGGUGACUGGGGGGUUGGUUAGUGGGAUUGGGUGGGUUCUUGGUGCUGAUCCUGUUAGUAAGAAGUAG